UCUCUUCGAUCUCCACCGCCACCCCCCAAUAUUGUCCUCUCAUUCUCUCCCUCUCAAAAUUUGAUCGAUCUUCUCCAUUUCCAAGGUUUCUGAAAAAGACUAUAAUGAGGAAACCUUGCUGUGAGAAGCAAGAUACCAAUAAAGGAGCUUGGUCCAAGCAAGAAGACCAAAAGCUCACAGAUUACAUUCGAAAACACGGCGAAGGUUGCUGGCGUACCCUCCCUCAGGCUGCAGGCCUCCUACGGUGCGGUAAAAGUUGUAGGCUGAGAUGGAUAAACUAUCUACGGCCGGACCUUAAAAGAGGCAACUUUGCUGAAGACGAAGAAGAUCUCAUCAUAAAGCUUCAUGCACUCCUAGGCAACCGGUGGUCGUUAAUAGCUGGGAGAUUGCCGGGACGUACGGACAAUGAAGUGAAAAACUACUGGAACUCUCACCUAAGAAGAAAGCUCAUAAACAUGGGUAUUGAUCCGAAUAAUCACCGGUUGAGCAACAAUCGCCCUCGCCUUGACCAACCCCCGAAUUUUACAUCCUCUUGUGCAACAUUAUCUGAUCAUCAGUUGAAAUGCCCUCCUCAUCAUCAUCCAAAAUCCCGAGGCGAAAACGAUCAAGUCUCUGACGCCGGAAGUUGCUUCGAGGAGGACUCGAGUGGCAUGGCGGCGGAUUUAAACCUUGAUCUAAAAAUAAGCAUUCCUUUUACUUCACUUGCUAAUGCCGAAGAGGAGCAAAAACAUAAUAUUGCGUGUAAUUCAUCGACAGAGCUAGACUUCAGUGCUACUACUCCCUCUCCUGCGCUUCUGCUCUUUAGAUAAUUCCACCAAACUUUCAAGUACGUGGAACUGAAUUUUGUUUUGGAAGAAAUGGUCAUUAAGGCAUAGAAUUUGCGCAGAAAGGAAAAGAAAUUGAGGUGAAAUGUAGGAAAGAGAACCCCAAGAGUCAAAAGCAGGCAUAUCAGCCACUCGAUCUUACAUUAAUGUUAGCUUACAACGCAUUGUGGCCGUUCGAUCAGAUGGGGCACAUGAUCAUCGUGUAUCUGAUUAAUUACCCAAGAGAUUAUUUUUCUUGCCAGUUUAUAAAUUCCCCAAUAUUGUCGAGAUAGAUUGAUUCCAUUGGGUCAGAAUACCUGUAUUAAUAAUAAGCAAUUAAUUAAUGUUGUUUUAAUCUUGUA